AUAUGAACUGAGGUGGAGGGAGGACCGCCUUUCCUAGAAGUACCGGAAGUGGAAGGGAAGAAACAUGCAGGACCACCAGCAUGUGCCCAUUGACAUCCAGACCAGCAAACUUCUUGACUGGCUGGUGGACAGGAGACACUGCAACCUGAAAUGGCAGAGCCUUGUGCUGACAAUCAGAGAAAAGAUAAAUGCAGCCAUCCAAGACAUGCCAGAAAGUGAGGAGAUUGCACAGCUGCUCUCUGGAUCUUAUAUUCACUACUUCCAUUGUCUGAGAAUUGUGGACCUCCUCAAAGGCACUGAGGCCUCCACAAAAAAUAUUUUUGGCAGAUAUUCUUCACAGAGAAUGAAGGAUUGGCAGGAGAUUGUGUCUUUGUAUGAGAAGGACAGUACUUAUCUAGUGGAAAUCUCCAGCCUCCUGGUACGAAAUGUCAGCUAUGAGAUACCUUCCCUGAAGAAGCAGAUCGCCAAGUGCCAGCAACUGCAGCAGGAGUACAGCCGCAAGGAGGAAGAGUGCCAGCUGGGAGCUGCAGAGAUGAAGGAGCGUUUCUACAACUCCUGCAAACAGUACGGCAUCACUGGAGACAGCGUCCGAAGAGAGUUGCUGGCAUUGGUGAAGGAUUUGCCAAGUUUGUUGACUGAUAUUGGGGCCAGAGUUGAGUCAUUGUGGGAAGCUAUCGAGCUCUACCAGGCCUGUGUGGGGUUUGUGUGUGAGAGCCCCACUGAGCAGGUAGUGCCAAUGCUGAGACAUGUGCAAAAGCGAGGAAACACGACCGUGUACGAGUGGAGGAUGGGCACAGAGCCCACAGUGGUUGAGCGGCCAUGUCUGGAGGAGCCCCCUGAGCAGGUGGCAGACGAUGCGAUUGAUUGGGGUAACUUUGCGAUAGAGUCGACUUCGGAAGGGAUUAGCUAUGGCAUCUCUGCUGAGACAGAUGAAAUUGACUGGGGAAUCUCAUUGGAGUCUGAUUCAAAGGAAACUGGUAAUGAAGGAAUAAAUUGGGGAGAUGGAGAUGCUGGUCCCUUACAAAUAACAGUACUAGAAGCAGGAACCCAGGCUCCAGAAGGUGUUGCAAGGGGUCCUGAUGCUCUGACUCUUCUUGAAUACCCUGAAACCCGGAAUCAGUUUGUUGAUGAACUCAUGGAGUUAGAAAUCUUCUUGUCCCAGAGAGCAUUGGAGAUGAGUGAGGAGGCAGACAUCCUAUCAGUGAGCCAGUUCCAACUGGCUCCACCUAUCCUGCAGGGUCAGACCAAGGCAAAAGUGGUUGUCAUGGUGUCAGUUUUGCAGGAUCUGAUUGGCCAGCUCACCAAUCUUCGAAUGCAACACCUGUUUAUGAUCCUGGCCUCACCAAGGUAUGUGGAUCGGGUAACCGAUCUCCUCCGGCAGAAACUAAAGCAGUCUGAAUUGCUGGCCCUAAAGAAAGAGCUGAUGAUCCAGAAAAGGCAGGAGGCUCUUGAGGAACAGGCAUCUCUGGAGCCCAAACUGGACCUGCUGAUAGAGAAAACAAAAGAGCUGCAGAAACUGAUCGAAGCAGACAUUUCCAAAAGGUACAACGGCCGUCCUGUGAACUUGAUGGGAACCUUCCUGUGACAUCUCCUGCCAUCUUCCUGCCUUCUUCCUUGUUCAGUCUUUGGGAUGGAGGCAUGUUAGAUAUGGUGGACAUUCAUAGGCCAGUCUAAUUGAAACAGUCUACAAAAGGGAAGAAGACCUCAAAAAACUAAAUUGUUAGUCUGAGGGAAAGAUUUAGAGAACUUGCUCCUUGGCACUUUACUCUGUGAAAAGUUACUGUGAUUGGCUUUGUUGUCUGGUUAGCCAGUAAUUGUAGUGGGGCUUAAUUAAAAAAAAAAAAAAAAAAGCUUUG